AUGUCACAUGAGUCCGCAGUCCCUCCUAAUCGUGAACUAUGCUGCCCCGAGAGCAUAAUUUGUUCUCUCGAUACUCUUCUGUCUUGCAAUUCAAGGUCGAUAGCUGACGCAUCAUCAGAACUCGCGGAAGACCUCAUAGAACACUUGCCCGCAAACAGGUCCCAGGACCCAUCCGCAGCCGCUUCCCUCCUGACAAGCGUCCGAAAGCACAUCAAGAGCAUUUCUCAACAACAACCUCAAAACAGUCUCUACGGGGAUAUUGAUAUUGAUCGACUGGGUACAAAUCUCUAG